AUGCAGCAUCCUGGAAAUAUCGCAGUCGAUGAUGUCAAUGGUGGAAGAUUGAUCUUUUAUGAUUUUGGUAUGAUGGGAAGUAUCAGUCAAAAUAUCAGAGAAGGUUUACUCGAAGCUUUUUAUGGAGUUUAUGAGAAGAGUCCAGAUAAGGUCCUUGAAGCAAUGAUUCAGAUGGGUGUUCUUGUCCCAACUGGAGAUAUGACUGCUGUUAGGCGAACGGCACAGUUCUUCCUCACUAGUUUUGAAGAACGUCUUGCUGCACAGAGGAGAGAGAAAGAGUUGGAAGCAGCGGAAGUUGGAUUCAACAAGCCAUUAAGCAAAGAAGAAAAAGUAAUGAAGAAGAAAGAACGUCUGGCUGCUAUUGGUGAAGAUUUAUUAUCCAUUGCAGCAGACCAGCCCUUCCGGUUUCCUGCCACAUUCACAUUUGUUGUUAGGGCCUUCUCAGUUUUGGAUGGCAUUGGAAAAGGACUUGACCCCCGUUUUGAUAUUACCGAGAUUGCCAAACCUUAUGCCCUGGAGUUGCUGAGAUUCCGCGAGGCAGGAGUUGAAGUUAUCGUAAAGGACUUCAGAAAGAGAUGGGACAGACAAUCUCAAGCAUUUUACAACUUAUUUAGACAGGCCGACAGAGUUGAAAAGCUCGUCAGCGUUAUCGAGAGAUUGGAGCAAGGUGAUCUAAAGCUUAGAGUCCGAGCUUUGGAAUCCGAGAGAGCAUUCCAACGUGUUGCGACCAUGCAGAAAACAAUUUUGAAUGCGGUAGCUGCUGGGAGCCUAAUAAAUCUUGCAACAAUUUUAUCUCUCAAUUCAAUUAGGGUGCCUGCCACUAUAGCAUAUUUCUUUUGUGCGAUCUUUGGUUUUCAAAUUCUCUUUGGCAUUGUGAAAAUCAAGAAGUUAGACGAACGUGAACGGUUGAUUACAGGGACUGCAUAA